CAGCUAAGAGUCAACGUCAUUCAAUUAAGAAGGGAAGGAACUAUCUUGAGCCUUUAGCAAUCUUUGCUGUCGUCACGGUUUCCGCCGACUGAAAAGCCAACGGGAAACUUGUAACAGGCUGAGCAAGAAAAGUGUUAGCUUCUGUAAUUUUUGAUCCUUGUUCUCUCAGUGUUGUAUGUUUUAGACCUCCUGACUGUCGGUAGAUUUGGAUCCUCGCUGCCAGCCGUUGCCACAGCGCCGUCACGUUGUUUGGGUGGCUGAUCGUGGGAGGGACUGAGGCGUGACCGCGGCGAUAAGGCUGCCCUGCCCUUUAAAAGCAGCUAUAUCACAGGACGAUCAGCGUGCUAGAAACUGCAUGUGUGUAGUCUGUUGUUUUUACCUUUUAUAUACGGUGUGUCAACUAUCCGGACUGAGAGAUGACCACGUGGCUGCCUAUGAUUGGGAUGACGGCGUUGCCGCACGUCGGUGGUAUCUAUGGUGGCUUCAUUACCCGCAAGGAGGUAAAAAACUGGUACACAACCCUGAACAAACCCUCAUGGCGCCCACCAAACGCAGCAUUCCCUGUGGUGUGGACCUGCCUGUACACCGGAAUGGGGUAUGGCUCCUACCUGAUCUGGAAAGAGCUUGGAGGUUUCACUGAAGAUGCUGUGGUUCCACUGGGGCUUUAUGGGCUGCAACUCGCUCUGAACUGGGCCUGGACUCCCAUUUUCUUUGGUGCACACAAACUGAAAUGGGCCCUGGUGGAGAUCGUGUUUCUCACGGGGACGGUUGGAGCCACCAUGGCGUCUUGGUAUUCCAUCAGCCGCACCGCCUCCCUGCUCCUCGCUCCCUAUCUGUCCUGGCUGUGCCUCGCCACAGCCCUCAACUACUGCAUAUGGAGAGAUAACCCAGAGAAAAAGGACGAGUAGAGCACAUUGCAGGGUGUUGAUUUCCAUUGCUAGAUCUUAAUUCACCACGAUAAAAUUCCUUUGCAGAAAUGACAGAUCAGUUUCACAGCUAAGCUUUUGUUUUGAGUUUACGAUUCAGCUUUUGUCUAUCAGUUUGACAAGGACCUGUCUACAUGUUAUUAAUAAAUCAUGCCCAUUUGUUCUUCAAACUAAAACUUAAAAAUGGGCACUAUUCCUGUCACACUAAUGAACAAAUGAAGGUAAAUGAAGGUAUACUACAUUCUGAUCAAAGCUUUUCAGACUUUGAGUAUCCAGCUUAACUCAGGAUCCACAUAGGAACUGGGUUGUGUUAUAUUUCUGUGCUUCCUUUGCUAGACAUUUUGACGAGUCAUGCUUUACUGAUUAACAUUUAUGCGUGUGAAAGUUUGGUGUUCUAAUUUGCGUUCUUUUCAUUUGGAAAUAAAAUUAGUUUUUCAAGUAAACCAGAGCCACGUUUUUAAAGACGGGAGUAAGAAGACUUUGUAUUCCAAAGUGUUCAUAAAAUCUGUUUUUGUUUAAAAUGAGCUGCUAUAGAUCCUGUUUCUAACGUGGCGUCAGCCUGGUGUCAACUGCUGUGAGAAUAAGAGGAGUUGCAGCUUCUGGUACUUGAGUUCUAAUUCAUGACUUUAUUUCCCUGUGCAGAAACUCCUGCUCAGUUUUGCAGUAAAUGUGUUUGACUUGUUUGAAGUUUGUUUCCAAUUUGUCACAGACAUGACUGCUCGUACUGGAGUAAAAUACAUAUAGCUGAUUAGGCUUCAUGUAAUUCACAAAUGCAUAUUUCAACUCAUUUGAAUGAGUUAAAUGUAAUUCUUUUAAACAUGUUGACAUCUAUUUUAAUUUUACUUUAUAAAAUGUACUUACUGUCAUAAAAUAACAUUUUCUCAUUUGUAAAUAAGGUUUUGUAAGCAAACUUAUGAAGUUAGAAUCCUUUCUUGAAAACAAGAAGAUUGUCCCAGAUCUCACCGCAAACAUAAAUAAUCACAAUCACUAUUUCUGCAAAAGGAGUUGAACUUUUUAUGGUUGUAAAUGUAAACAUUAACAGACCUAUAAAGCAAAGAGUGAAAAUACCUUUGACAUAUUGUAAACACAUUUCAGUCCGUCACAUAACGCUAAAUCUGGACAUGGAUUGUGAGAUUCUCGCAGCAUGAUAACCUUGAGUAAAAAAAAAAUGUCACGGUUUUAAAACAUGUUAACGAAAAAUUAUGACAUGAUGGGACUGCUUUUCUCCAACAACUCCCAACUGCUGCUUUAAGGCGAUCACUCAGUCAGUCUAAUCUAUCAUAGUCUUUCAAGAUUCAACAGGAUUCAUCGUUAGCCUGUGUGAACAGAACAAUUUCAUCUCAUCAAGUCCCCAUUUCUUCCUUCCUUUUUGGUGUUAUUCCUUUUUUGCCACAUAUGCUUUCUUAAAUGCAUUUCUUCUCUCUCCUCCAUUAUUCAUGUUUCAUUUCCUCCACGUCCUUCCAGUUUCUGAUUUUUCCAUGUGACAUAUUAACAGCCUGACUAUUGCCUAUCAAGUGAUAGUGUAUUGCAACUGCUGUUAAAAACAUUUUUUGGUUUUU